UAAAUUGAACUAGAAAUAAUUUUUUUGUUUACCUUUUGCCUUUAAAUCAAAGCAUCUUCGAUAACAAUAUGAACGUACCUGAUCCAUCGCGUGAUAUUCCAUAUCUUUUUCAUACAUGUAUGUUACAAAUCGCUACUGAAUUCAAAUCUAAUCAAAGUCAACGAAAAUUUGAUCUCUGUAACCAACUAGCAGCCAUUAUUCAAGAGUCAGAUAAAUCUCUGCUCUCUCAAAUACAACCAUGUUCACCCUCCAUAUCAACAUCAUCAACAUCCUCUUCAUCAACAUCUACCGAAGUAUCGGCAGCUAAUUGGUUACCCUUGCUUACAUCAGGGUUGUACGAUAUUUUUACCAGUCGCCUUGAUAAACAGAACCGUGAUUCAGGUUUUUAUUUGAUUGCUGCUCUUAACGAAGUAUUCCCCCGUUUCAAUUGGAUGACCAUAGGAACUGAAGGUGUUACUGAUACUCAUUGUAAAAAUUUUUUCCCACUCAUUGGUCGUUUGGUUUGUAUUGAAAUUUGUAUCGAACUACGAAAAGAUGAAGCCAUUGAUGAACAUUUGUUGAACGCGUGUCUCAUGAUAUUUGAAACCUUUAUCGAUACCCUUUGCACUGAAGAAAAAUUAUCACAACCAGCUUCAAGAUUAUCGCCUGAUUCAAUUGUCAAUUUGUAUAAUGCACUUCGAGAAACCAUUUUAACCGUCAUUGAUUAUGUAAAGAAUAUAAUUUACGACUGGGAAAGUGUCCAAUCAAAUGAAAAGAACUUCUCAAUAGUCAUGGCCUGUGUACGAGUUAUCUGUUUCUGGUCCUUGGAGGACUUUAAAGGAAUCGAGGAUAAAGUCACAGAUUUGAUUCCCUUCUUUAAUCAACUUUUGAAGGAUGAAAAAAGUGCCAAACUGGUAGGACAUUUCAUUUUGGCUUCGUUUGAAGAGCUGUUCGAUGGAGAGGAAACGCAAAACGUACAAACAACACAAUAAGCUGUUCAUCAGAUGUCACCACCAGUAAUUUUGAUGCCCUUUUGAUUCAAUUGCGUGAUUUAACUUGAAAAUUGUUUCAAAAAUACAACAUAUUAAACACAUUCCCUGUAAUUUAUCAAUCUCCAUGUUUUAUUUCUGUAUCAAAUGCAUAUCAAAUAUGUUAAUUGAUGCUUUAAAAAAGCUUGAUAUCAAAUUGUAUCAAAACCAUUGUAUUCUAACAAUUGAAUUAACCUGUGUUUCACCCUCCAAAAAUCAAUAUCAAUUCUGGAUAAUGAGAUUUGUAAAAACAUCAUCGUUUAAGAUGAUGAAAAAAAGGUCACCUUUGAAGACAUUAAAAUCCUUUAUCUUUCCACAAA